AUGGAGGUGGAGGAGGUGGAAAGACGCUCUCCACACAAUCAUGUGGAUCGGUGUGUUCCUGAGAGCUUCUUUGAUCGCGUAACGCAAGGGUUACGCGACGAUCUCGAGCAUGAGCGGAAUAGGCGUCUCCAAGUGGCGGACACUGCCUCGAAGCAUCGAGCUGAGUUUGCCUUUGCUCAGCUUGAGAACGAGAGAUCUCUGACAUCUCUUCGUGACGAGCUAAGGGUAGCUCGUGGGAUUGUUGAUCGGUCUCGGGCUGAGAUAACUGCUCUUCAGACCCUUGUUGAUGCCCACCAUCGGGAGCACAAGGCUCUCUGCGAGAUGCUUGAGCGCAAGGGCGUUCUUCAUCGGAAGAAGCAGCGUACUGAUGGUACGGCUUAA